AUGGCGCCCACACCACCUACAACCUCGUCCAGUACACAUUCUCCGGAAGGCCAAUACCGCGUUGUUCGGAAACGGAAUCGUGUCCCAGUGUCCUGUGCACCAUGCAGAAACCGAAAACUAAAAUGUAACCGUGCUACGCCCUGCGAGAAUUGCGUGAAGAGAGACGACGCUUCUUCCUGCUCAUACGCCCAAUCAACCACCAGACGGAGACACCAGAAUAACCAGUCCACAGUGUCAUCACCAGACGAUAUGCAGAAUCGCAUAGACCGAUUAGAGAGUCUGGUUUUGUCGUUAAUGACCAAUGGCGCACAGUCGGCUGGGCCUACUGCUGCGGUAGCUACCGUGUCAGGAGAUAGUAGUAUAGACUCGCAGGGCCCGCACAGCGCAAGCGCCAAUACAAUUGAUCUCGACUUGAAAGAUGAAGAAAGUGAUACGGAACAAGUUACGAAAUCGUUUGGAAUAUUGAAGGUGGAUAACCAGAGUCAGAAGUCAUAUUAUGUCUCUGAGGCGCAUUGGUCGGCUAUCCUGAACGAUAUUUCGGAAGUUAAACACUUCUGGACCACACAUAAGAAACAAUAUGAGGAACAGGUUCAGAAAGUGAGGGCAACCAAGCAGACACAGGAUUUGAAAGGCUCUGCUCUGAUAUUUGGCGCCAUGGCGAUGCCUACCGAAGAAGAAAUCAUGGCGUCUUUCCCUUCAAAGUAUACCGCGGAUAUGCUUCUCCGUCGUUUCUUUGCUACCCUUGAUCCAUCUAUCACUCUUGUUCAUGGUCCAACAUUCUGGAAAGAGUACGAAGCACACUGGCAAGACCCCUCCAAAACUAGCAUGGUCUGGAUAGCUAUGGUUUUCGCAAUGCUUCGGCUGUCGAUGCUAUCAUACCAUAGAGAACGGGACGAGCCCCCAGAAUUCCGAGGGAAGUCAUUAGAUAUAGCCAAAACAUACCGGCUGGCAAUGGCACAGGGACUGGUAUAUUCAGACUUCACGAAACCUCACCGGUAUUUACUUGAAACCCUAGCGUUCCACCUGCAUGCCGAAUACCCGCAGAGCUGUGACUCUGAGACCUCAGUUUGGAUCCUGGUUGGAAUGAUUGUCCGCUUGGGUAUGAGAAUGGGAUACCAUCGGGACUCUAAAAUGUUUCCGAAUAUAUCUGUUUUCCAGGGAGAAAUGCGUCGACGGCUUUGGACGUGGGUGAGACAGGCGGAUUUGCUGUUUUCCUUCGAGGCUGGACUUCCAAGUAUGAUCCGCACAGGGGACGCUGAUGCAGAAUUUCCCCGCUGUCUACAUGAUGACGACUUUGAUGAAGAUUCAAAGGAGAAUCCUCCAGAGAGGCCAUUUGACCAGCCUGCUCCCAUUGCGUACACUAUCAUCCAUGCAAGGCUGUCGACAGUCUUUGGUCGAGUGCUAGAGCAGUCACAGAAGCUUCGAGGUUGUUCUUACGAGGAGGUUUUGGAGUUGGACCGAGAGCUACGGCAUACCCGCGAGAUGAUACCCGAGUGGCUGCAGAUGAAGCCUUUUUCCGAAUGCACCCAUGAGCCAUCUACUCUAAUAAUGAACAGAAUAGCGGUUGAAAGUAUCUACCACAAAGCGCAAUGUGUUCUGCAUCGCCCGUAUCUAAUAAGAGCUCGUGAAAAUCCACGGUAUUCUCUAUCGCAUCGCGCCUGCGUCGAUAGCUCGCUAGAGCUCUUAAGGUUUCAAGCAAUGCUCCAUGCUGAGAAGACGAGCGGCAGAAGGGUACUAUAUCCAAGAUACUACACCAUAUCACUGACUGGCCACGACUUCCUUUUAGCCAGCACAAUUCUUGCCAUUGAUCUUUACCAUUACACCCAGCUAGGAGCGAAUAUGCGACGAGGUGAUUGCCCAUAUGGCUGGGGUGGCGAAAUGCAAGAAGAGAUGCUUGCUGCUCUUCGCCAAUCUCAUGAUAUCUGGAAUGAAAUGAAAGAUGAUUCUAUGGAUGCAUGGAAGGCCUCCAGCGUUCUGGGGAUGCUUCUAGAGCGGAUAAGUCACCGGCCAGAAACUAGAGAUGCAACGUCAAUGGAUAGCAGCUUCGACCCGCAAGAUGAGAAGCAAAGUGCUGCGAUGACUCUAGGGCUACUCAGCAGCGGGUUAACGCCUCAGGGGCCAACAAGUCCGCCUCAGUAUGGAGACUCCAUGAUAGGAAUUGAUCGGACGUCCGCAGCUCAGCAAGGCGGAUUGCCUUCUAACCUAGACCCAUUGGCAGGCAUGAAUUCUCCAUUUGGCAUGUUUGGUCAGAUGCCAGACAUGCAACCAUUCAAUCUCGACUGGGAUGCUUGGGAUAAGUAUAUCCAAUCGGCCGCUCUAGACCCUAUCAACCAAAAUUGGGCAGAUGUAAAUCAACGGCAGGACUUUCAACAAAUACACCAACCUCAGACUACCGCUGAAAAUGAACAAAAUAUGUCUAUAAGGCCACCAGAAUAUCCUCUACGCAAUGGUACAUAUGAUGCGAACGGCAAUACCUCCACUAAUCCUACAUUUAUGGAUAAUAAUGAGUAUCAAGGCCGUGAUGUUGCCUCCUGA